AUGCUGCCCAGGAACACCAACAAUGACCCGAUAGCCAAUCACAUUCCGGCCUCUCCUUCUCCUUUUUGGUUAAUAUACUGCAGUUUGUCAGAGAUCAGCUGUGAAGUUCUGGGUUUGGUUCUGAAGAACAACCCGUCCAGUCUGACAGAACUGGACCUGAGCGGGAACAAAAUCCAGGAUUCCGGAUUUCUUCAUCUGUGUGGUUUUCUGGAGAAUCCAGACUGCAGACUGCAGACUCUGAGGUUGGUGAACUGCAGAUUGUCAAAGAUCAGCUGUGCUGCUCUGGUCUCAACUUUGAAGGCUAACCCAUCCAACCUGACAGAACUGGACCUGAGCCACAACAACUUUCAGUAUUCAGGUGUUCAGCAGCUCCAGGAUCCGGUGGAGAGUCCAAACUUCAAACUGCAGACUCUGAGGUCAGUAGAGGGUUGGAGUCAGUCCAGCUGCUUCCAGAUGUUUGGUCCUAAAGUUAGUCUGAGAGCAAAGAUGCAGAGUUUCCUGUGAAGCUGCAGCUUCUCAGUGAAGCUCUGAGGAGAAUGAUGACAGGCUUGUUGAGCCACCGCCCAUAACAGGGAUUGACUGCCUGUUUUUAGGUUUAUAGCUCCUCUCUUUGGUAUUCAGCCACAAGUGAGACUCUUGUGAUUCCCGGUUUAUUUUACACAUGGAGAAUAAGUGUGUGAAACUACUCUUUUAUUGUUUAUACACGAGAGAGGGAGAGAGACUCGUGAUUUUAUGUGAGCCCAAUUUCUUUCUACACGCAUCAAGCCGACGUGUGAACUACUCUUUUAUUCUUUAACCACGAGGGAGGGAAGACUCGUUGUCACAAACAGGCAGACAGCUGGUUCCACGUGCAGCAGGUUUAUUGAUAGUCCACAGAGUAAGCAGGGUCAGACA